CUUUUUGUUUCCCCUUCUGUUCAAAAUAUCGCACCUUAUCGCGAACCCAAAUCUUACGCCGUCCGGAACAGAAAAUAGGUGCGCCCUCUUUCUACGCCCAUCCUGAAUUUCAUUGAAGAGAUUCUAGACGUUUGGUUGCUGAGAAAGUCCAAUAUAGAAGUUCCUGAGAAAAUUUACAAGAGAAAAGAAUCAACCUGUUUAUCUUAUUUAUUAUCAGUAUUUAUUAUCUCGGCAAUCAAACAAAACAUUACUAGCUUAGGUUUUCCGUAGUUGCUGUGAAUUAUCGUUGUUUUGCCUCUUCUUCCGUGGUAUUUUUGUUUAUUUUUAGGGUUUGAAGACAGUGCGAAUGGAGAUUUUGGCUGAUUGAUCUUAUUUGGGUUUUGAAUUCUGUCGAAUUGAACGAAGGUAUAAACUUUUAGGGUUUGUGUGAGGUUUGGUAAUUGGUGGGUAGUAGGGUAUUGAUGGCUGAUCGAAGCACUGCGCUUGCCAAGCCAAUAUGGAUGAAGCAAGCUGAGGAGGCGAGGGUCAAGAGUGAGGCUGAGAAAGCUGCUGCGGCAAAAGCUGCUUUUGAGGCCACAUUCAAAGAUGUGGAUAAGAAUCGAGAGAAAGAGGUGGUGGCUGGAUCGGAUAGUGAAUCUGAAGAAGCUGAGGACUUGGCAAACAAGCCGAUUGGGCCAGUGGACCCGGCAAAGUGCACUGCAGCCGGAGCUGGAAUUGCAGGUGGCACGGCAUGUGCGCCGUCUUCCUUUAUGGUAGUGACUAAGGACUCUGAUGGGAGGAAGGUUCCACAUGGUGGUGUGCAGAUUAAGGUGAAGGUCAUUCCAGGAGUAGGAGUUGGGGGAUCGGAGCAAGAAGGCAUGGUGAAGGAUAUGGGCGAUGGGACGUACACAGUUACGUAUGUGGUGCCAAAACGAGGGAAUUAUAUGGUGAAUGUGGAUUGCAAUGGGAAACCCAUCAUGGGUAGCCCUUUCCCAGUGUUCUUCAGUGCUGGUACAGGUACUAGUACUGGUGGACUGCUGGGAUUGGCUCCGGCAUCCACAUUUCCUAAUCUAGUAAACCAAACCAUGCCCAACAUGCCAAAUUAUUCAGCUUCUGUUUCAGGUGCAUUCCCUGGGUUGUUGGGAAUGAUUCCAGGCAUUGUUCCUGGUGCUUCAGGGGGGGCCAUUUUGCCAGGAAUUGGAGCAUCUCUUGGGGAAGUUUGUAGAGAAUACCUUAGUGGUCGGUGUGCCAAAACUGAUUGUAAGUUGAACCACCCACCUCACAAUCUGCUAAUGACUGCGUUAGCUGCAACAACCUCUAUGAGUAAUGUUAGUCAAGUGCCUAUGGCACCUUCUGCAGCUGCAAUGGCUGCUGCUCAGGCAAUUGUUGCUGCCCAAGCUCUUCAAGCUCAUGCUGCUCAGGUGCAAGCACAUGCCCAGUCAAACAAAGACUCUUCUGGUUCACCUGACAAAGCUGGGAAGGCUGAUGUGUUGAAGAAAACUCUUCAAGUUAGCAAUCUUAGCCCACUUCUCACUGUGGAACAGCUGAAACAACUUUUUAGCUUUUGUGGCACAGUUGUUGAAUGUACCAUCACUGAUUCAAAGCAUUUUGCAUAUAUAGAAUACUCCAAACCUGAGGAAGCAAGUGCUGCUUUGCAAUUGAAUAAUAUGGAUGUUGGAGGCCGUCCUUUGAAUGUUGAAAUGGCAAAAUCACUCCCUCAGAAACCAGCUAUAAUGAAUUCCUCUAUGGCUUCUUCAUCUUUGCCCAUGGUGAUGCAGCAAGCUGUUGCCAUGCAACAAAUGCAAUUCCAACAAGCUUUGCUUAUGCAGCAAACUAUGACCGCCCAACAGGCAGCGAACAGAGCUGCAACCAUGAAGACAGCAACAGAGUUAGCUGCAGCUAGAGCAGCAGAAAUAAGUAAGAAACUAAAAGCUGAUGGAGUUGACAUUGAAGAAAAGGAAACAACAGAGAAAUCUAGGUCUCCAUCACCGCAUUGUGCAAAAUCAAAAUCAAAAUCCAGAUCCAGAUCACCUAUCAAUUAUCGCCGAAGGCGGAAAUCUCCUUCUUACUCUCCUCCAUCUCGCUACCCAAGAGAUCGUAGGUCCAGAUCCCCAUUGAGGUCACGCCAUUAUUCAAGCUAUGAUAAUGACCGCAGGUCCUUCAGAGACAUUAAGAAUGACGGUGAAAGAACUAGAAGGCGGGAUUUAGAUAGAUCACACGAUCAUCAUUCAACCCACUAUGAAAAAGCAAAGCACCGAGAAAGACGGCGAUCCAGGUCAGUAUCUACAGAUGGUAAGCAUCAUAGAAGACGGUUAUCACCAAGAAGUCUGGAUGAAAAUAAAACGAAACAUAGAAGGCGGUCUAGGUCAAAAUCUGUGGAAGAUAAGCAUCACCCUGAUGACAAAACUAAUGAAAUGAGAGAUGAAAAAACAAAACAUCGUGAUAGAAGACGUUCAAGAUCAAAAUCUGUUGAAGGGAAGCAUCACUUGAAGCAGGUGGGUGAAGGUAGAGAUAAAAAAUCAAAGCAUCGUGAUAGAAGGCUGUCCAGGUCAAUCUCUCCAGAGGCUAAGCAUGACAUAAGACAUGGGUCAUCCCCAAGAAACUUGGAUGAUGUGGGUGAAGGUAGAGAUAAAAAAUCAAAGCAUCGUGAUAGAAGGCGGUCCAGGUCAAUCUCUCCAGAGGGUAAGCAUGACAGAGGACAUGGGUCAUCCCCAAGAAGCUUGGAUGACAAUAAAUUGAAACACAGAAGGCGGUCAAGGUCAAAGUCUGCUGAGAGGAAGCAUCGCUCCAAUGAUAGAGCAUAUAAAAGUAGAGAUGAGAAAGAAAAGAGUCAUAGGAGAAGACGGUCUAGGUCAGCAUCACUAGAACCUAAGCGUCGCAGAGGAAGAAGGUUAUCCCCGAGAAGUUCGGAUGAAAAGGAAUUAAAACACAGAAGGCGGCCCUCUAGGUCAGAAUCUUCUGAAGGCAAGCAUCAAAUUAGUUGUGGAAGGGAUGAGAAUGGUGAUAAUGAAUCAAAGCAUCUCGAAGAUGGCAAUCAGGAACCCGGUUCUGUGGUGAAUGAUUCGAUGAAGAAAAUUGAUGGUCGAGUGGUUAUUUCAGCGCAAGAGGACUUUGGCUCAAAGGAAUCAAUGGGAAAUAUGGAAACUGAAGAUAGUCUAGGUAUGGAAAAACAUAGUUUUGUGCAAGAUCUAGACAAUGAAGGAGGCCCAGCAUCACGAACUUCUAGAGUCUCAUUGAAUGUAGAGGAAUUGAGCAAGCAGGAAGUGUCUAUCACUCAGAAUCUAGAGCUUGGCACCUCUGGUAAUUAGCAAGGACUGGAUAAUCAAAAUGUUCGUGAAAAGUCAGCUGAUGCGGAUGAUGUGAGCAGAACUGGCUCCGGGAAGGAUUACAUCAUGCUGAAGGCUCAGAAGAGAAGUUCCCUGACACCAAACGCGGACAUGUUUUCUGAUGACCCCAGUGCAGAAGAGAACUUGUGAAAAUAUGAAUUCAAACCUUGGCGCUGAUUUAAGGGUUCAAGAUUAUAUGUUGCUGGGGAUGCUGACAAGUGUGGCUGAACUGAUAAAAACUGUCUAAUUUGAGGGACUAACUGAGAUACUUGAUCAUUCUGGGGAAUGAUCUGCUUCUCAUAAGAAGGACGAUUUUUCUUGGAAGAUUUGCUUAGUGUUUCUUUUGUUGUGUGGCACUUCAUAAGUAUACUCUUUUUUCUUUUUUCUUUUUUCUUUUUAUCUUUUUGCAGGUCCUUGUGGGUCUCUGAGCUGAUCUGGAUAUGGUUUAAAUAUUUCAAGAAGUGUUCUGAUAUCAUCUGCAUUCAACCAUCCAGUGUUUGUAGUGAGCUUCUUUUACUGAUUGAUGUUACUCAUGGUGAUUUUGAUUGGAGCUUUCUGAAGUUCAGUUUGGCAGGGUUGAUUUUCUCUGAUGUAUAUGAAGAACUUGUCUUGGUUAGGGAAAGCUACUUCUAAGGUCGUGUGAAAUCAAAUGUUGCUGGGAUGAAUUGCAUCAAAAUUCCACCAUAUCUGGGUAUGAGCAGACCAGCUGAUUUAUACAAUCUUUAAUUCAUGGUGACUUGCAAAAUGCUUAUUUUGAACAGGGUGAGCUGUGGAUGGUUACGCUGCUGCCUUUUGGGUCUCAACUUGGAAUCAGUUAUGCUUGACGAGUAACUGAGUUGUAUUCAUUGUGCUCUCUCCCCCCAUAUUUUCCCCAAUUUUUCUUUGUCUUCCUUUUUAAUUUUUUAAUUUUCUAGAUUUCUACAAGAACAAAAUUCGUAGUGAGACCUCCCUCGCCUGAUGUAAGAGAGGGCUUGCUGUAAUGAAGAGAAUAGGUACUGGGAUGAUCUGUUGUGUU